AUGAUCGCCCUUGCUGGCAAUACCGAGGAGGAACUCGUGGGGGCCGCGGUGCUCCGUAACGUGCGGCUUGCCCGCCUAGUCCGGCUCACUCGCGCCUUCCGCCUGCAUCGCAUCAUCCGCUUCAUCGCGGCGCUCCGGAUGCUGGUGUACUCGAUCCUGGCGACGCUGAAGUCGCUGAUGUGGGCCAUUGUGCUGAUGUUGAUGAUAAUCUACGUCUUCGGGAUCGCGUUCACGGGAGAGGCGUUGGAAUUCGCCGAUACUGCGGGCGGCGUCGUCCAGGACGACCACGGCAAGUUGUUAGCAGAAUGGGGGUCCUUGGACGCGAGCAUGUACACGCUCUUCCAGUCGAUUUCUGGCGGCGUUAGCUGGCGUGAGCCAGCCACCCCGUUGCAUGGCAUUUCGAUCCUGCCGACCUCCCUCUUCACCGUGUACAUCGCCUUUAUGUACUUCGCCGUUUUGAACGUGGUCACUGGUGUGUUCUGCAGCUCGGCAGUAGAGACAACCCAGCGCAAUCCAGACCUGAUCGCCAAGUCUAUCGUCGACAACAGGCGAGCCUGCACGGAGAAGCUGCAGCAGCUCUUCGGGGCCAUCGACGACGACGACUCGGGUCUCAUAACCCUCGACGAGCUGGAGCUGAUCGCCGAUGACAACUUGAUGCAGGCUUAUUUCCAGGCCCUACACAUCGACUUUCGCGACGCGCACACACUGUUCAAGCUCCUAGAUACCUCGCGCGAGGGGGCCAUCAGGCUGGACGACUUCCUGAGGGGGUGUGAGAAGCUGAAGGGUAAUGCUACAAGCUUGGAGAUGGCCGAGAUCAGCUACGACAUGCGGACCAUGACCAAGCAACUCGCCACUAUGAUGGCAGCGCUGGAGAAGGACGGUUGCUGCCUGAGCGAGAAGGACGACUUGCUCAAGCCGAGUAUUGAGAAGUUGCGUCGGGCCCGCUCGGGACGGUGCAACACGUGA